CCACUCGGACCCCGCCCCGAUCCCCCGCCGCGGGCCCCCGGAGAGGAGCGGCAGAGACGACGAAGACGACGACGGCGGCCGCCGAGCAGCGCGACCACGACCAGGAGGAGGAGGAGGCUGCGGGGACGUCGAGGAGUCGUCGGUGGUGGUGGUGUAGGAGGAGGAGGAGGCGGCACGGGACGCGAUGUCGGGCCGUGGCGCCGCCGCAGCAGCAUCCGCGGGAAGCGACCUCAAGCCCAAGCACUUGUCUAUGGAGGGCCGCUUUGACACGCCAUCCUCCAAGUCACUGCGAGUCAAUGGCUCCCGCAGUCGCAGCUCCAUCGCGUGUGGGGAGGAGCUCCCCCACAUCGGCAACUACCGUCUCCUAAAGACCAUCGGCAAGGGCAACUUUGCCAAGGUGAAGCUGGCGAGACACAUCCUCACCGGCAGAGAGGUGGCCAUCAAAAUAAUUGAUAAAACUCAGCUGAACCCAACAAGCCUUCAAAAGCUCUUCCGAGAAGUCAGGAUAAUGAAGUGUCUGAAUCACCCCAACAUCGUGAAACUCUACGAGGUGAUCGAGACGGAAAAGACGCUGUACCUGGUCAUGGAAUACGCCAGUGGUGGGGAGGUGUUUGACUACCUCGUGGCACACGGGCGCAUGAAGGAGAAGGAGGCGCGUGCCAAGUUCCGGCAGAUCGUGUCUGCUGUGCAGUACUGUCACCAGAAGAACAUUGUGCACAGGGAUUUGAAGGCAGAAAACCUUCUCUUGGAUGCGGACAUGCACAUCAAAAUCGCCGACUUUGGCUUCAGCAACGAGUUCACGCUCGUCAACAAGCUGGACACGUUCUGCGGGAGCCCCCCCUACGCCGCGCCUGAGCUCUUCCAAGGCAAGAAGUACGACGGGCCCGAGGUGGACGUCUGGAGCCUCGGAGUCAUCCUCUACACGCUCGUCAGUGGGUCGCUGCCCUUCGACGGCCAGAACCUGAAGGAGUUGCGGGAGAAGGUUCUGCGCGGCAAGUACCGCAUCCCCUUCUACAUGUCCACCGACUGUGAGAAUCUACUCAAGCGCUUCCUGGUGCUCAAUCCAAUCAAGCGGGGAAGCCUCGAGCAAAUCAUGCGCGACAGGUGGAUGAACGUGGGUCACGAGGAGGACGAGCUGAAACCCUACCAGGAGCCCGAGCUGGACAUCAACGAUCAGAAAAGGAUCGAGAUAAUGAUUGGCAUGGGCUACACGAUGGAUGAGAUUGUGGGAUCUCUUUCUGCAAAAAAGUAUGAUGAGAUCAUGGCCACGUACCUUCUGCUGGGAAACAAGAGCCCCGACAGUGGCCGUAACUCGUGGUCGGGGAGCACCCUCUCGCUGCCAAAGCUACGUGGGGGAACAGAGGGCGGAGGUGGGGGCCUGGGCCCCUCCCCCUCUCCCUCCGUUUCUCGAGUGCAACGCAGUGUCACCACCAACCAGAAGAACCGGCAGCGUGCCAACGACAACCCGGGCCUCACGAUCCCCACGUCGACGUCGUACAUCCGGCGCAGCCAGACGAACACGUCUGAGCUGGAGCGCGGCGGCGGCGGCGGCACCGAAGGGAGCGCAACGUCGCGGCGCUGGGCCAACUCGAGCGCGUCCACAAGGCGCACGGACCCCGCCACGAGCCCCCUGCUGGGCAAGCAGACGAGUCCCACCAAGACGCCCAGCUCCAACCGCAAGAAGGCGUCCGCCAUACCCACCAGUGAUGCGGCCCCGCCGCCCAGCAGCAUCAUCCGGCGCAACACCUACAUCUGCGAGCGCAGCAGCGGCGAGCGCCACCCCUCCACGCACAACGGCAAGGACGCCGGCCCCCCUGUUGCCGCCAUCCCAAGCUCCGGUUCCAUCCCACCCACCACCUCGCGCCCCAUCCGCCAUUACAAAACCGUGUCUCCAGCCACAGCCAGCCGCCCCUCCCGGACCCCCCUGCAGCGCAUCGAGGACCGGGAUGCCCCGCCACGAUCAAACUCCGUCCUAGGCCAGCGCAUCCCGGCUAUGUCGCCGUCCACGCACAGCAUCAACAACAACGCGCCGGAGACGGGCUACUUCUCGCGGGGUGUGUCGGCACGCAACACCGUGCACGGGGGCCAGCUGCCCGAGACGGCGCGAAGCGCGGCCUACAACGCGCCGCCAUCGCCCUCCCUCUCCCACGACCACGAGGCACUGUCCCAGUCUCGCCGCGGCCCCUCCACCAUCUUCUCCAAGCUCACCUCCAAGUUCAGCCGCAGAGUCACGAUGGACCCUCCCAAGAGCGCCUCCGCACAUGCCCCUGCCGUGACCAGCACCCCGGGUGCCAAGACCGCCCGUCCACAGCCCGGAGUUAAAGAGCCAGGAGACCUGAAAGUCCAAGUAGCUACAUAUCUGGGAAUUCGAAAGGCCAAGUCGAAGAAGCAGGGGCCCAGCCAGCCAACCUCGCCGGGGGUGUGACGCCUGCCCCCCCCCCGCCCCCGCGCCGCCCGCUCGCUCACCUGCCCGGCUCGGGGCCCCAGCGGGCUUACGGGGCUUGCUGCCGGCUGCCGGCUGCUCAUGGGCCAGUCAGUGUUUGGUCUCCUGCCCUGGCUGUCUGGUUACUGGACAUUAACUUGAGGAGAGCCUGGUCGGUCAGCUGGUUUGGUUCCUGAACCCAGGUACCCGGUUUAGUGCUUCUCCUCCUGCUGUGCGCUGUCCUAACACUUGAUGAGCACUUUGUUUUGAGUGUUGGCCUGCCUAGCCAGCUAUAGCUGGCCGGGCUUGGCUGGCUUGCUGGUUGGCUGGCUAUCUGUGGUUGACCCGAGUGGCUGACUGGCUGGUUGGCUGUGCGGAUGGCUGGUUGGCUGACUGGCUGGUUGGCUGUGCAGAUGGCUGACUGGCUGACUGGCUGACCGACUGACCAGCUGACCGGCUGGUUUGCUGACCAGCUGGUUUGCUGACCGGCUGGUUUACUGACCGGCUGGUUUGCUGACCGGCUGGUUUACUGACCGGCUGGUUUGCUGACCGGCUGGUUUUAUGACCGGCUGGUUUUCUGACCGGCUGGUUUACUGACCGGCUGGUUUGCUGACCGGCUGGUUUGCUGACCGGCUGGUUUGCUGACCGGCUGGUUUGCUGACCGGCUGGUUUGCUGACCGGCUGGUUUGCUGACCGACUGGUUUGCUGACCGGCUGGUUUGCUGAUCGGCUGGUUUGCUGACCGGCUGGUUUGCUGACCGGCUGGUUUGCUGACCGGCUGGUUUGCUGACCGGCUGGUUUGCUGACCGGCUGGUUUGCUAACCGGCUGGUUGCUUGUGUGGAUGGUUGUGUGGAUGGCUGUCUGGUGUGUCUGUUUGAUGCUCAGCUGCUAUUGUGACUGGCUAGCCGCCUGUCUCAAUAAGUUACCCCUCCCCCUUCCUAUCCUGGGUAGGGGUGGGGGGGGCAGGUUAAAAGCUGAAAAUACUUUUGAUACCAGGGUAGAUUGGCAGAACAAAGGCAGGAUAAAAAAAGAGAUGUAAAUAUUAUAAGCAUACGGGGAUUUCAAUCAUUUGUUUGCACAAAGCUGUGAAGUCAUAAACAAAUUUAAAGCAUUUGGAAAGUCUUCCUUAUGAAUAGUGUUUGAGUAGAUAUGAUAAUUAUUGAGACUGACCUAAUGUAUGUGGCUGUAGCUUGUUUGGGUGCGAGGGUGAAGGGGGGGGCGGUGGUGGUGAGAGCACGCAGCUCGUGACGUCACAGCGAGAGUGCGAACGCCUUUUUAGGACAAGAGGAAGCGCAGCCUCUGUGCCAGUGUUAGGGGGACGGUGCUCGGAGCGGUUCUGUACAUACAGGCGACGCCUGCAAAGGCAGUUGGAGGCAGGUGCGCACAUUCCAGCACGGAGUCGAUGGUCAGGUGUACAAGUUUAUGCCUAUGCCAAACAGUUGACUUCUUCAAGUUUAACCGAGGAGUCUAAAAAUAGCCAACUUGGGAGAAAAAAAAAACUUGAUUCUGUACAUUUCCUGUCUUGGGAGGAAGUCGUGUGUAGUGGGGGGGGGGGGGGGUGGCGACCGCGCGUGUCCUUCGUACGCGUGCGUGGGUGGCGGCACACCGGGGUCGCACGCAGAUGAACAACACUUUGCAGCUAUAAACUCGCGGAGCAAUGCAAGGAUCAUCCCCCUCCUCUCGGAUGAUCCCCUUUGGCAGUGAAGCUCCACCUUCUCUAUCAACGUCACGUUAACGCUGUCGUGAAAAUCGCACCCACGGUCAAAUCGCUCUGAAAUUUCUCCGGAUCUCGCCAAAGUAUGGAAGUUAUUAGAGCAGGGUUGAGCCUGGUUUGUAAUGCGGAAGGGAGACUGCCAGGGAAUGCCAGGUGUUGUAGGAUUGGGGCUGGAAAGGGAGACUGCCAGGGAAUGCCAGGUGUUGUAAGAUUGGGGCUGGAAAGUUGCUAGGAGGUCGGCCGUACAGAACAUUGGUUCUCUGGAAUCCUAUCUGUGCGGAUAUGAGUGUCAUCCUUUGUACGCGUAAGUUUUUCCUGGGUAUACCAGUUUUCUCCCGCACGAAGCCAAAACACUCGUUUAUAUAAUUGGCCAAACAUCCCAAUGUAGUGGGACCCUGCUGAAAUACGAGUCAUGAGACUGGUGAGGACUUCCUGGUCCAGGAACAUUUCCAUAAUCAUUGUACAAAGUUACCAGCACGAGACGCGGGGUGGGUGGGGGGGUAAUGGGCUGGGUCUCGCUGCCAAGUUGACUCCCUGAGCCUUGCCUGGAGGCUCUGUCCUUUGUGCUCCUCCCUCCCAUGAGUCCCCAGUCUCAGCUAUCAAACUACUGCUCCCCCUCCCUUCCCCGACUCUACUCACACCCUCCACCCUACCCCCCCACACUCCCUCCACCCUGCCCCCCCACACCCCCUCCACCCUGCCCCCCUCCCUUACCCAUGUGCGAUCCCUGCUGGUUUGAGCUCACCCUAAUCAUGUUUUGUGAAAUAUGAAUAUUUGGGGCUGUACAUAAUCCUGUAAUAAUCCUCACAGGUCACUCUGUCAUCUAGUGUAUUUUCCUUCAUUGUCUUUACUACUUUUUUGCUUUUCUUUUUCUCAAAAAAAAAAGUUUUAAAUGAGUGGCUUGGUUGUCAAUAAAAAAAAAACUGUAGUUCUUUCAUGUGAACGUGUAAUAAACGUGACGUAAAUUA